CCUCUUUUUAAGACACCGUGAAAAUUUUUAUAAACUUUCCAUCCCAUCUCUAACCCUUUAGCAGAGAGAAGAAAUGGCGGAUGCCAACAUCAAUCUUCCCAAUGUAAUAAAUGGAAAUGUGAUCAUUGGAGCAAGACUACUUAACAAGAGAAAUCCUCAAGGGCAGCGCCUUAUAGCAAGUACUACCUAUGAAGAUGGUCGGAUUUAUGGAUUGCCGGAAGGGUGGCUUGUGGAGAAAAGACCUAGGACUCUUAAGAACAACAAAACGUUUUACUAUGAACCCAAGACAUUUAAGCAAUUUCGCUCAAUGAAAGCUGUAGAAAGGCACUUGCAACUCAUUGCAACAAAACAAAGUAAUAAGAUGCAACUUGUGCCAUCACGCUUCUCCAAGGGCCCCAACUCCCGACGUAAUAAGAGGAGAAAGAAUGGCUCAAGUUUCAACCAUGCAAACAUGGCUGAAAAUAAUUUGCAGGCUCUAGCUGAUGCUAUAACAGAUUGAUAGAGUCCCUAUAUAUUGGUGAAGCAGUACUGUUCCCCAUUACUGUGAAAAGGAUGAAAAGUAUGUGUGCAUGAUGGAUGUAACAUUUAUGAUCAUUUGAAUGGCUCUUAUUUUGUUUUUAUUGUGAUGCAUUUCAAUGAGUAAAUUAUCAUCAAUUAC